AUGACUGUAUCUCAGAAAAUAUCGGAGCCACCUCAAUUUGGGCUUCACAGAGUACAUGCAAAGACCACUUCUGUUCAAGAGAUCCUUCCACUGCUGAUUCAAAAUGGCGGGGUGAUAGUGGAAGGCCUGAUAUCAAAAGAUAUUUUACAGGACAUCGAAAACGAGAUGCGACCUCACUUUCAACAGGGUUGGGAUACUGAUGCGAUGUUCUCUAAAAAGACGCGCGUAGUGUGUGGCCUACCUGACAAGUCACCCACCCUGAUGAACCAAUGCUUUGGGAACUCGCUCUUUACGGAGGUCUGCGACGCCAUGCUUACCGCGCACUUCACGUCGUGUUUUGGUGAACAGACGUAUGAUUUUCACUCGCCUCCCGUUUUAAACGGGACCGUUGCCUUUUCAACCUUACCUGGAAAUCCUGUCCAGCGCCUGCAUCGAGACGACAAUCCUCACCAUAAUAAUUUUCCAGCCAUAACCUCCGAUCAGUAUGAGAUUGGUCGUGACUGUAUAGUCAAUUUAUUUGUCGCGGGCACGCAAACUACCAAAGAGAAUGGUGCCACACGUUUCAUUCCCGGGUCUCAUUUACAGCAGAACGUCCACACGCCCGAUGAGAGCCAAGCAGUUUAUAUAGAGUUACAACCCGGUGACGCUUGGAUCAUGCUGGGGAGCACUUUCCACGCGGCAUCGAGUAACAUGACUGACGGAGAAGAGCGGAUUCUGUACAUGGUCUCCAGCAUUAAGUCCUUUCUACGCCAGAUGGAAAAUAUCUACCUCACCCUUCCUUUGGAGAAGGUGCGCGAAUACUCCCCGUGGAUGCAGAAGCGACUCGGCUUCAGUGCCAGUAGUCCCCUUUGUGGUCACAUCGACUUAAAGGAUCCCAGGGAAGUUCUUGGACUCCCGGAGAAGAGUGAACUCCAGUGGUUUUAUGACUGA